AUAACUACUGUUUUGGCCAAAAAUAGUCUCCAACAACCAUUUCUUCUCUUCUCAACCACCAACAUUCAUCACACCAUGGUCGACCCGGAAGUGUCACUCUCUAACUUGAGCCGUAAUGAUGGCUCUGUAUCCUACAAAUGCCCGGCUACCGGCUUUCAUGUGCUUGGUGCCGUCAAUGCCCCAGUUGAGCUUCCCGGUCGUCGCGACGCCCAAAAGCCCGAAGAAGCUACCGUUGAGGUGUUUGUGAAACCAGGAAGUGCCACAGCUGGAGUUGGUGAGAGAUACGCCGAGGGUAUCUUGCGAAGUGUGUUGAGUGAGGUGAUCUUGGGACGCGAAAAAGGAUUCUCUCGCCGCGGAGUUGUCAUCACACUAGUGAUUCUUGGAGGCGAAACCAUCGGGCGUGGGGACUCUUACAUCACUCUUCUCCCGGCUCUUUUGAACGCUUCGUUACUCGCUUUGCUUUCGGCAUCCGUACCCAUGUCCAUGGCUUUCGCUACAACAUUGCUCGGUGUGACUCAAUCUGGCGACAUCAUUCGCGAUCUCUCAACAAGUGAUGCAAAGGCUGCGGCAUCACUUCACGCUCUUGCAUUUUCCUCCAAGGGCCACCUGCUCCUCAAUGAGAGCCAGGGACGAUUCGAUUUUGAAACAUGGGAGCUGGUCCGGCAACAGGCUGUCGCUAUCUGUCGGAAGGCUUCUACUGGCUCUGACGGAGAUGUCACAAUGGGCGAAGAGACAGAUAAGGCUCACCUGGAUGAGUUUAUUCGCGAGACUGUGGAGGAUUCCCUACACAAGGACUAUUCAUGGAAACUUGACGAUCUCUGA